AUGACCGACGUCGCCACCUACCCGGAAGCCGAGGCCAAGUCUGAGGUCCCGGAUACGACUUCAAUGCAGAACAACAAGAGGAAGCGUAGCUCACUCGAUCAGGGUCCUGCCAGCGGCAGGCCUGCCCCAACCGAUACCACACGCAACUCGUCCUUCCAGCGCGUAUCACCAGGCUCAGCAAACAGCACUGGGGUGAACGAUCAGUCCGGCACUGCUUUCCUCACGGGCCACCACGCCGCUGGAACGGGCGAGGACGAUAUGCACCAACACACCAACACUGACCUGGAUUUUAGCCAACUGGCUCAACACACGAACGACCACGGCCUGCACCAGAACGGCAGUGGAAAUCCCACCAACGCUAGCGACACAGCUGCCGCGGCGCUGUCUCAUCAUUUCCAGAUGACGGUCCCACAGGCGACUGAGCUGUCCUUCCAGAACCAGGGAGCCGGCGGAGAGGGCGACAGAGCUCUCGGCAAUUCCUUUAGCAUGGGCGAUCACAACAUGCACCAGGCAUCCCACGGAAUGUCUGACUAUGGCCUGGAUGCUCUGAACAAGUCGAACAGCCAGGGCGGAAACGACUCCCCACCAUCCCAGGUCAACCAGAAGCCAGCAGUUGGGUCCGAGGAGUGGCACAAAAUUCGUAGAGACAACCACAAAGAAGUGGAGAGACGCCGUCGUGAGACGAUUAACGAAGGUAUCAACGAACUAGCCAAGAUUGUCCCCGGUUGUGAGAAGAACAAGGGAUCCAUCCUACAACGCGCCGUACAGUUCAUUACACAGCUCAAGGAGAACGAAUCUCAGAACAUUGAGAAGUGGACGCUGGAGAAACUUCUGACGGAGCAGGCCAUCACAGAGCUCAGCGCCAGCUGUGACAAGUUUAAGGGAGAAUGCCAACGGGCCUGGGCGGAGGCCGAAGUAUGGAAGAAGGCCUGCCAGAAUGCCGGCAUCGUACCGGAGGAAUACCAGAACCAGGGCGACAAGGCAGAUCAGAAUGGCGACAGUUGA